UGGACCACACAAGAUCCACCGACCAGUGCGAGGUAUACCUGAAGCACACAACAUUGCUAUAACCAAAUCCCCGAAGCCACGACUAGGUUUCGUGUACUACGCCUAUUGAAGCACGCGGUGAAAACAACUCAAACAUGCAGCAAUUCUGGAUUUCGAUAUUGUUGGUGAGUGUCGGCGCGUCCUUAGUCUGCGCCGAUGCCGUGAAGGCCGCCGCCGCCGCCGAGAAGCCAACAGAAAAGAAGCAAGGCAAACGAGGUCUCUGGGGUUUGGGCUAUGGAUACGGCGGACACAGCGAAUGGGACGGUCUGUCCAACUACGGUCUGUUAGGUUCGGACCACAGCUAUGGACACAUCAGCUCUGUGCACGUCACCAAAGAGGUGCCAGUCAUCGUUGAUCGACCGAUUGUCGUUCCAGUCGAGAAACACGUGCCAUACCCAGUAGCCGUCGAGAAACCCGUGCCAUAUCCCGUGCACAUCGAGAAACAUGUCCCGGUGCCCGUAGACCGUCCUGUGCCAUAUCCGGUCAAAGUACCCGUCAAGAUCCCGGUUGCCCAUCCUGUGCCCUAUCCGGUGUACGUACAACAGCACUUGCCCGUCUACGUCAAGGAACACCACGGCCAUGGUUACGGUACCUACGACUUCGGUCACGACCAUGGUUACGGCUUUAGCAGCAGUUACUGUCAUAUGGAUGAUUACGGACGAUUAACUAAGUCAGAGGGGAGUAAUGAAAAAACAGUACCGGUAUCUCAGCAGAAUUAUAAAAACCCUAGCGAACCACUGUUUGGUAUCAGUUGUAUCAGUGGAAAUCAUACAGAUACCAUCAUAACCAUCAUCAUGAAAUUCUUCAAGGCUUGUGUUGUCGGUUUGGCUUUAAUAGCUCACUGUUUCGCUGAGGAUGCAAAAACCGAUAACAAACAGACCAACAAGAGGAGCUUAGGUGUUUCGUCGUACGGAUUCUCCGGUCUGUCCGGAUACGGCUCCGGUCUGUCCGGAUACGGCUCCGGUUUGCCCUCAUACUCGCCGGGCAUCGGCCUCGCCUCCCCCAUCAGCCACUCAUAUGCCGCUCCCUCGAGCUACGGAUACGCCGCCCCAGCUAGUGUCGCAUACUCUGCCCCGAUCGGUCUUGGAUACGCUUCCUCCGCUGGACUCGGAUACGGUUCUUCAGCUGGUCUCGGAUACUCCGCCCCGAUCGGUCUCGGUUACGCCGCUUCUUCCGGUUACGGAAUAGCUGCAGCGCCGUCUUUCGGUUAUGGUAGUAUCUCAGCCGCUUCUGCCGUGCCAACCAGAGUCAGUACUUCCAACCACGUCGUGUCCGUGUCCGUACCACAGCCAUACGCCGUCCCAGUGACCCGCCACGUGCCCGUGCCGGUCGCACAACCCGUGCCAGUGUCUGUACCCAGAGCCGUCCCCGUCAGCGUACCUCAUCCAGUGCCCGUCACCGUGAACAAACCAUACCCAGUCGACGUUCCCAGGGCCGUUCCAGUCAGUGUACCACACCCAGUCCCAGUCCCCGUUAGCAGACCAGUGCCAUACUCAGUGCCACAACCGUACCCAGUAGAAAUCCAACAAGCUGUCCCAUACUCCGUCCCGACCCCAGUCGUCGCACCAGCUCCAGUCUCGUACGCCGUCGCCGCUCCAGCACCAGCAACUUACGCCGUCGCCGCUCCAGCCCCAGCAAUCGGCAUUGCCUCCGCCCCAGCAAUUGGCAUCGCCUCCGCCCCAGCUUACGCAUCUGAAUCUUAUGCCGCACCAGCAGCUAGCAUCGCUUUGAGCUCACCGUCUUACGCUUCUGAGUCGUACAGCGCCGCCGCACCGUCUUACUCUUCUGCGUCUUACAGCGCCUCCGUUCCAUCAUAUUCAUCAGCGUCGUACAGCGCCUCCGCUCCAUCAUACUCAUCAGCGUCUUACAGCGCACCAGCCCCAUCAUACUCUUCCGCGUCUUACAGCGCCUCCGCUCCAUCAUACUCUUCCGCGUCUUACAGCGCCUCCGCUCCAUCAUACUCUUCCGCGUCUUACAGCGCCUCCGCUCCAUCAUACUCUUCCGCGUCUUACAGCGCCUCCGCUCCAUCAUACUCGUCGUCGUCUUAUAGCGCACCCGCUCCAUCCUACUCGUCGGCUUCGUCCGAUUACUCCAGUAUCCAGUCCGGCAGCGGAUACAGUUCAUCGUCAGGCAUCAGUUCCUCGUACGGACCACCGUCGACAAGCUACUCCGGCAGCAGCGGAUACAAGAAGUAUUAAAUCGUUCACUAUCCUCGAUUUGCGUCAGGACGUACGAACUCUAUUAGUUAGGUGUUCGUAAUACUUUAAAACUUUUUUUUAUAAAGUAUAUUAUACUUAUGAUGUAGAUAUACUGCUUGUUAAUGUUUUGUACUUUCACAACUUUUCAUACAUUUGUUAUGUUAAUUUGAAUUCAUCGUGUCAUUUAUUAAAUAAAAAUAAAUACGACUGAAA